UCUGAAGUUGUCAUACACACUGCGCAUGCGCGGUGACGCGCGUGUCAUUUGUCAUUUCUAUUUGGCUCAGCAAGUGCCCCGAAGCGCCUUUUCUAGCAGUUUGUAAACACAGUCGUUUGGAGCGAACCGUCUGAAACCAAAAGUUUGCUGCAGAAGCCUCCGAGCCCCUGUAUUUGACCCACGUAAGGUGCAGGGAUGGCAUCAGAGGAGAAGAAGCCAGAGACAGAAACACCUAAGACACAUUCAGGAUCCUCAUACUCCAAGUCUGCUUCUGUGAAGCCAAACUACUCUUUGAAGUUCACCCUCGCAGGUCACACAAAAGCUAUAUCAUCAGUCAAAUUUAGCCCCAGUGGUGAAUGGUUGGCCAGUUCAUCGGCAGACAAGCUCAUCAAAAUAUGGGGCGCUUUUGAUGGAAAAUUUGAGAAGAGUCUUGCAGGACAUAAACUUGGAAUAUCAGACGUGGCCUGGUCUUCAGAUUCAAAUCUUUUGGUGUCUGCAUCAGAUGACAAAUCACUGAAGAUCUGGGAUAUGAGUUCGGGAAAAUGUCUGAAGACACUGAAAGGCCAUAGCAACUACGUCUUCUGUUGUAACUUCAACCCACAGUCGAACCUUGUUGUGUCUGGAUCUUUUGAUGAGAGCGUACGGAUUUGGGACGUCAAAACUGGGAAGUGUCUGAAGACCCUGCCUGCUCACUCGGAUCCCGUCUCAGCGGUUCACUUCAACAGAGACGGAUCUCUAAUAGUAUCCAGUAGCUAUGAUGGUUUAUGCCGAUUGUGGGACACUGCAUCUGGACAAUGUCUGAAAACUCUUAUAGAUGAUGAUAACCCUCCUGUCUCAUUUGUGAAGUUUUCUCCAAAUGGAAAGUACAUUCUUGCUGCGACACUGGACAAUACGUUAAAGCUCUGGGACUACAGCAAGGGAAAGUGUCUCAAGACAUAUACUGGACAUAAGAAUGAAAAGUAUUGUGUGUUUGCCAAUUUUUCUGUAACUGGAGGAAAGUGGAUCGUCUCAGGCUCUGAAGACAACAUGGUGUAUAUCUGGAACUUGCAGACCAAAGAAAUUGUUCAGAAACUGCAAGGGCACACAGAUGUAGUGAUCUCGACAGCUUGUCACCCUACAGAGAACAUCAUUGCCUCUGCAGCCCUGGAGAACGACAAGACCAUCAAACUGUGGAAAAGUGAUUGUUAAGUUAAAGCACUGCCCUUCAGAGGCUUGAGUAGAAACUUCAGAAUGACGACUUCCAGUAGUGUCUGUGUUUUACAAUGAUUUGAUAGCACUUAGUGCAGGGUUAUUAUUGGAGAGAUGGGCAGGUCCUGUCUGCUCAGAAUAGUGACAAUCUCACUCAAGCCUUUUCCCCCUUAAUAUACAGUAAUCUACUGUAAUGUUUUCAAUUCGUUUUAAUUUGCUACUGAAGAACAAAUGUUUUCUUUCAAA